UGCGAUUGGUCGUCUUAGUAAUCGCAGCAGGCCACUAUUCGAGUGUCACAAAUGAGGAAAAAUAUUUAUCUAUUACCAAAAACCUAGAGUAACCGAAUAUAUUAGUAAAUAAACGAGACUGAGGACUCGACUGUCACCAUGACAAGUGUUAGUGAAACAAGUUCAUUACCAAAAACCAAAAAACCAUCAGAUAGUGCCUUCAAACAACAGCGUCUUCCCGCGUGGCAGCCGAUCCUCACAGCAGGCACAGUCCUCCCCACCUUCUUCGUGAUAGGCAUAGCCUUCAUUCCAGCUGGGAUCGGUCUCCUGUACUUCUCCGACGAGGUUCGGGAGUACGCAGUCGACUACACAAACUGCAUAUCCCUCCGGGAGAACCGAAGAUGCUCGGACGUUAUCUUCAACAAUCCUGGGAGUGUCUGCCAGUGCAACGUCACCUUUCGCCUCGAGCACGACUUCAAGGCCGACGUCUACAUGUACUACGGCCUGACGAAUUUCUACCAGAAUCACAGACGUUACGUCAAAUCGAGGGAUGACAAUCAACUCCUGGGGAGACUCAGCUACGACGUCUCCACUGACUGCGAGCCAUUCGCCUACAAUGAAACUGUUGUACCGAAAAAAGCUGUUGCACCUUGUGGAGCAAUCGCCAAUUCCCUCUUCAGUGACGAGUUGAGCUUAUUUUCAGUGGAGUUGGGACAGACCAUUCCACUCAUCAAGACUGGCAUUGCCUGGCCCUCUGACAAGAAUAUCAAGUUCAAAAAUCCACCUGGCAAUCUCACCAAGGCUUUCGAGGACUACGAGAAACCCAGGAAUUGGACGAAAUAUGUCUGGCAGUUGGACGAAGAGGAUCCGAGUAAUAAUGGAUUUCAGAAUGAGGAUUUGAUCGUUUGGAUGAGGACUGCUGCACUACCCACGUUCAGGAAAUUGUACAGGAGGAUCAAUCAUACGGAGCCGUUGUUCAAGGGACUGAAGAAGGGGGAUUAUAUCUUGAGUGUUAAUUACUCUUAUCAAGUUUCCUCGUUCGAGGGAAGUAAACGCAUGAUUCUGAGUACGACGUCUCUUCUUGGUGGUAAAAAUCCAUUCCUGGGAAUUGCAUACAUCGUUGUAGGAUGCGUGUGCCUAGUUCUGGGAGUUGCAUUAUUGAUAAUUCACAUUAAAUGUUCAAAGAGCACGAAUGAGAUGAUCAAUGUUAAUCAACACACCCCCUACCAAUAGUCUAAUGAGCCAGGAGGGAAUCCUGGAAGGAUUUCAGCACUAAUUGGUGUUUUAUUAUCGAGAGAAAUCAGUGAAAAUGUCCGACUGUCCACCAACAGUCGAUUUAUUCGUAAUAAUGCACAUGAGACGUAAUUAGCUUAAUCCCUUAGCGAAGAAAUUCUUUUCUCUGUAAAAAUAUUCCCUCGAUGUUUAUUAUUCAUAAUCUUCGGAGAUUGUUCUAGUGUUUAAUUUCCUCCAUUCAAUCUUCAUUCCCUCAGAUUGAACAACUAUUCGGUGAAAUUUAUUGUCUAAUUUCUCACAGAAAACGUUAGAUGUUUGUUAGUUCCACGUUUAUCAGCACUGAAUCAAUCCCCAAAAUUUAUAUUAUUUUUCAGUAUUACUGUGUUAUUAUCGACAACUCUCUGUUGUUACUCAUCUUCCUCACAUCUCGAUGUAUUUACUCGGAGACGAAACGAGAUGCAUUUGAUAUGCAUUAUUUUAACUGUCGAAGGAAUUAAUAACAAAAAUAAAAAUAAACUCCAGUUGUUCCUGUUUUACGUAGA